UGGCAGCUCAGUAACGCAGCGGGUCCGCGGGGGCAAGUUCACCACCGUUACCUGUGACGUCAUGUCGACCUCGCUCCGGACAGACCGCUGACCCGCCCCCCCUCCCCCCGCUGUCAUUGAGGAGAAGUCACGGAAACAAACCGGAACUCGGCGACAAGUUGCAGAGACGUUGCUUUCUGUUGUGAGUCUGUUGUGAGAAGCGGGUCCUGGUCCUGGUCCCGGUCCGGGUCCGGGUCCUCCUCAAACCUGCUUAUUUCGGAGAUAGUAGUCUGAGGACAAAGGAGUCCCUUCGAAGGAGCGCCGCGCUGUGUGGAGGCAUGUGAUCUGGAUCAGGACUGCAGAGCCCAGGAUCUGAGGCCUUUGGGGGACCGCUGCUAGACCUGCACCUGCAAUGUCUGUCACCUCCCUCCUGAGAUGCACCAUCAGGCUGGAGAGGAAACAUGUGGCCGCCGCACAUCUGGCCCACCGGAGGGCGCUGUCCGGGGCCGAUGCCGUCAACGCCCUCAGGCCGUUUUAUUUUGCCGUCCACCCCGACUUCUUCGGUCAAUACCCCAGAGAACGGACUCGUGUGUUUCAUGAACAGGAAGUGAACGAGAACUCCCUGAAGAGGCUGAACGGCUUCCUGGACGGCCUGCAGAGGCCCGGCGGCGGCUCGCCGCGGCCCAUGAGGCUCACCUUCUACGUCCGGGAGACGAAGGACGGCGGCGAUGAUGUGCAGCCGGACCUCCUCGCCUCGGGUACAGCCCCCUCCCCCUCCCUCCCCCUCGUAAUGUUCCCGCCCACAUCUUUAAAUGGCUCCGCAGGGUUCCGGUGCGUCAGCGUCACGCUGCACUCGGGCGACGUCGGCAGCGCGGUGACGAGCGUGCUGAGGUCCUGCGGGCUGCCCGCGGGCCACGCGGCGGGGUCAAAGGUCGGCGAGGUCACGCCCAAGAGGCCUCCGCCUUUCAACAGACCCGUCAAGUGGGACAAGACGUACUACACCUUCACCGGGUUCAGGGACCCCGAGGAGGAGCUGCAGCGGGCCAGGAGGGCGGAGCCUGGACUCAUCUCGUGGCUGAGGACCAACGAGCCCGCGGCGACGAAGAAGCUCGGCGCUAGUCUUCCUCGGAGGGACGAGCUGAGCCGACUGAAGAAGGAACUCUGCCACAAAUUCCAUCUGUCAGACAUCCGGUGGCAGCGCAGCUGGGGCGCGUCCCAUCGGUGCGCUCAGCUCCAGAGUCUGAGCCGGCUGUCCCAGCAGAACCCCGAGGCCCUGGUCCACCUGCAAGGACACACCGUUGUGUUCGCUGACCAGUCGGGGAUGAACGCCUCCGGCCACGUCAUGCUGGGCACCGUGGACGUCCAUCACCAGUGGACCAAACUGUUGGAGCAGCUGCCCGGCUACCGCAGCCUGCAGCAGCAGGCGGGCUGGCUGGAGGAGCGGAUCAGCCUCCUGCUGGGCGGGGCCCGGGUGGUCCACGCCGAGCGGCUCCGCCCGGUCCAGUCCAUCGCCGAGCACUACGGGGCCCUGAGCGCCUUCCACCAGAGCCUCAUGGCCCGGAGGCUCCGCCUCCACCCCAGGAGCCUGCAGGGGCUCAGCAUGCUGUUGGAGAAUGACCGCUGCAGCCCCAGCCUCCAUGAGACGGGCCACUUCAUCAUCCCCACCAGCGCCGACCCGCCCGAGCUGCAGCGCUUCCUCCAGAGCCACGCCCCCGAGGCCCGGCAGCGCACCCAGCGCCAGAACCAGCUGCAGGUGGAGGAGCAGGCUGUGCGUGGGCGGUGCCGUCUCUCUCUCUCCCUCCGGAGUCUCUCCAGGGAGUCGAGCCUGAGCUGCAGUCAGGUGAUCCUCUGCUGCCGGCGGCUGCUGGAGCAGCGGCCCCCCCCCCCCAUGCAGGACCUCCACCUCCACGUGUCCCGCCUCUACUCCGUCAUGCAGGACGGGGACCUGUGUGUGCCCUGGGACUGGAAGAGCUGAGCCAGAGGAGGAAGAGGAGGAGGAGGAGGAGGCUCGCUUGAAUUUUUGCAAUUUCUUCAACCAGGACGUUCUUUUUUGUAAAUUUCAUAUCGGUGCCUUUGAGGAACACGGUUAUUCAAGCUCUUGAUCCUGAGGAUGUGAUUGACAGCUCAGAUCAAUAGUUUCUAACCUGGAGGGGGAGGACCCAGAUGAUGACGAUGAUGAAGAAGCCAAAACAUCAAUGUGGCGAACUGUGUCAAUCUAUGUAUACAUGGGAUUAUAACUGUAAUUUGUGAUGGAGAAAGAGAACCAGACGAUCUUAGUGUGAGGACCGUGACACGGUGUGUGGACUAAGGAUUAAGAUUGUUCCUCAGAUUAAAACGCUCAUGUCAGACUGUC